AUGAUAACCUCAAUUGUUGACAAUUUGUUGAAUAAAGCUUUUGAGCUCUUUGUUCAUAGAGUUUGUCCAGCCGUAAUGGAAGGUGACAGAAUGCUCAAACAGAAGAUCCCUUACUUUUAUAGAGCUAUGAUUCUUGUUCCUGUCGUUAUUUGGAUGGUUAUAUUGAAAUCUAAGUUGAUAUUCCAUCAACUAUUCGAUGUCUCAUCGACCCAAGAAAAUGUUUGAGUCACCACAAAAAGUUGGGAAGACCAAGUAUCUAAAAUUUUGCUGACACUUGCUUACCUAAUUUGGGCAUUCUGGGAUAAGAUAAUACUUCAGAACCCUAAGGCUGUGACAUUAUUAACAAAGGAGCCAACAAGCCAUAAGCAGGUGUUUCAUGAUGCUCCUGAUCAAGCAGACUCUUUAAAGUUUUACCUCAGCGACGAAAACAUUCCUUGAAAUUGAAGAAUCGGAAAUCCAUUGAAGGCUCAUAAAAAGAGGUCUAUUUCAAGCAAGCUUCCUGAUGACUAUACCUGAUCUAAGAAGUUCAAGGAAGACGAAAGCUUCUGCCAAAAUAAUUCAAAGUUUAUGGGUUUUUUGCAUGAAUCAUGACAAAAUUAUACCGGAAAUUCAGAGCAAGAAGACCUGCUGAAUAAAGUGGACUAUGCUAAGGUGCUUUCUAGUAUCGAAAAGUUGGUCCAGAUGGAGGAUCCUUACUCUGAGCUCAAGCUGAGAGUCCACCGAUCGGAGGAUUACCAGAUUUAUAUGAAAUUACAAACAUCUCAACAGAUGAAGGUGGUUAGUGGCUCUGUGAUGUGUGAGACCCAUUACUGCUUUAGUAUUCCUGAUGUGAAGAUGAGCAAGAGUCAAGUUAGAGAGAUCUUGAGACAAGAACAAAUUAUUGCGACUCAUCUUGAAAGUUCCUCUGAGUGUGAAUUUGUGUUCGAGUUCGAAGUGGCAUAUCCUCAUGUAAUGAAGAGCCCGAAGACAUUGAGCAGCCAGCUUAGAGAUACCUUGGCAUCAACUGCUUGGGACUCAAGCAGUCAAUACCAGAAACACUUCCUCAAAGCUUUGAACGAAAUUCAAAAUAACUUGGGAGUCUUAGUGUGAAACUAUGUCAUCGAUCAAUUCGGUGAUAUUAUCACUCAGUUAGGAGUUGAUUGUGAUCAACAAGAUAUUGUUGUGCUGAACUUCAGCACUCAAACCUGUUUGUCAAACAAAGAUUGGCCAGAGAAGAGACUCGAAGACUCUACUUCUCAGGAAUUAAAGCUAAGUGAUUCAGAAUCAAUAGCUGAGGAAGCAGCAAGAGUCAAUGUUGGUGAAUUUUACGAUACAAUUGUUGGUCACAAGACUCAAUUUCCUAUGAAAGCUCAGUCUGAAAAACUUGAAAGACUUUGCAACCAAAAUAUCCCUAAAAGACCUUCUAAGUAUUUAUAAUACCAAGAAAGAAUUAAGCCAAUGACAUAAUCGUCCUAAACAGCAAGAUUUGGAUGAAAACUUCUCUCCGAUCGGAAAUAGCUAAUUAUGUUUAUUUUACCUAAAAUUACCCAAA